AUGAUUACUUUUGGGCAGAAUCUGCAGAACUAUCAUCAUGAAUUUCCACAUGACUAUAGAGACAGUUCCGCGUUGUGGGCGUACGAUCCUACAAAGUGGUUCAUUGCUCUAUUGAACAUCUUGGGGUUGGUCGAAGAUGUAUCCAAGACUCCAACUAACUUGGUAAUACAACUCCAAAUUCAACAGCAACAAGCUGUGCUCAAUAGGCGCAGAAGUCAACUCAAUUGGGGAACCCCUAUAUCCAAACUACCCAUGAUCACAACGAAAGAAUUUAAGAAGCUAUGUGGAUCUGCUGAUAACAAACACCGUAUCUAUAUUGUGAUACAAAAUAUUAUACAUGAUAUCACACCAUUUAUGGACCAGCAUCCUGGCGGUGUUGCACUUCUCAAGGCCUCACAUGGGAAGGAUGCAACUAAAGCAUUUUAUGGUGGAGUUUACGGACAUCUGACUGCUGCUGUAAACUUACUUGCAACGAUGAGAAUCGGGGUGCUAGCACUGGGUAAUGAUGAAGAAGUGUGGAGAAGAGUUGCUAGAGAGGAAGGUGAAGUUAAUGAUAACGACUCUAGACGGGAACAAAGUGGGCUGCAUUCCACUGCUGAAGCCGCCUAA